CGCAAAAGUGCAAAUUCGGUCUUGGAGAGCUCCGGCCUCGAUGAAGUUCAGUACUUGGGAACUGACAACGAGAGCAGACGGAGCUGGCAGCAGAGAGAAACCUAACCUUCACUUUGCCUUCGUCCCCUUCACGUUGCACGUUGUCGGUGGUUUUCUUGGGGCUAGGCAAAAGGCUUUCCCAGAAAAAGUGCAAGUUUCGUCGCCUAUUUGAAAUUAUUUGGCCAAGAGGAUUCAUUGACAGUGCUUCAAUUUAGAGCUAAACCAAGUAUUGGUAGUGUUCCCUUGCAAUUGGCCAUUUGUUACUAUCAGCACCUUCCCCAAGAAACUCUCCUCAGUCUGACAUCAAAGGACAUCAAACGACAUCGAAUUCUGGUGAGCUCCGUCUCUUUGCGAGCCCUCAUCCCGCCUGUGGCUUCAAGAUGGGUUCGGCGCAAAAAUAUAGCCUUAAGUGGAACGAUUUCACAGUGAACGUGGCCUCCACGUUUCGAGAUCUCCACACCAGAAGCGAUUUCGUGGACGUCACCUUGGCCUGUUCCGAUGGGUCCACCUUGGAUGCACACAAAGUGAUCUUGUCGUCGGUCUCCUCCUACUUCCGGGACGUACUUAAGACCACUCGGUGCAAGCAUCCAAUCAUCAUCUUAAAAGAUACGGGCAAAGAUGAGGCCUCCGCCAUGUUGGAGUUCGCCUACACGGGUGAAGUCAACGUGGCCCAGGAGCUCCUGCCAUCCCUUCUCCAGACAGCCCGAUCCUUUCGCAUCAAGGGUCUGGACAAGGUCGAAAGUCCCGUCGAGGCACCCGCCCACCCUAAAAUCCCGCCACACCCGCACACACCCCUCCACCAGGCGCCUCACCAGCGGGUGGAGGCGCAAACGCCUAGUUCUGAACAUUGGGUUGAAUCGGCCCCACAAACUCGGUCCCACUCGCCCAGUUCCAUUCAUAGUCAACCCGACAUCAAACCACCCUUCUCAGAGCAUCAUUUCCUGGCGGCCUCUGAAAAUGGUAAAAACAUACACGGCCGUCGGGAACGAGAAGUCAGCCCACCCCACAGUCAUGAUGCCGGUAGUCAACCACCGACCCGGGAGGCGUCUCCUUGUUCGCAGCAAAGCUCUCGGACCCCUCCCCCAAAACGGUGGAAGAGAUCGUUUGACAUGAAUCAUCCAACCUCCACCAGUGGAAAGAUUAUUUCCAACAACGAGGAUCCAAUGUCUUUGGUUCCUGAAAAUUACUCAACUCGCCCGGAUUAUGAACCUAGCAAGCCUUAUCUGGAAUCCAAUGGCGUUGCGGCCAAUGCUUCCAAUUCAUCUAGUGUACCCUCUGGCUUGAGAUCUUAUCCUUAUCCACAUUCUAUGCCCACCAGUCCCACCAUGUUUGAGAGAGGAAAUGAAACUCGUUUGGCCGGCCUCUUCCGUCAUCAUUUAUCCAACUCGGAUGUUGCCUCGUCACGAAAUAAUGUACCAACCGCUGCUCAUCAGACGUCCUCCACUCCUCAGUCUGCACAUACCGAAGUGAUUACGCCCAACUCUCAGACCACCGGCAUUCACAGUUCCACUCCAAAUGGAGAUUCGAAUGAGCGUGGCGACCACACUCCCGUUGAUUAUAGAUGCUUUAAUAACCAAUCCAAGACGAGCCUUCAGGAGGCCGAUUACGGUAACCGUAGCCGGAGUACUAGUAGGAACAACUCGUUGAUUCCUAGCAGCACUACUCAAAAUGGGACAGCAGAGAGACACGAGGAUGACGAGGUUCAAUUCCGACCUCGAUCGUUGUCGGUUUUUCGCCCAGAAUCUGCUCCCACCGUGCUUGACAUGAGCCCCGAUGCUUCGCUCUCUGGACCGCCAUCCUUGCGCAAUUCUGAGAUCAGUAAUGAUGGGCAUCGAGGUGACAUAUUGCACGACAGCGACGACCACGACUUCCCCACCAAAGGCUUCACCGUCUCGGCUGACUCGGACGGCACAGGCCGUUACACUUGCGACGAGUGCGGCAAAGUCUUCAAGCACCCGGGCUCCCUGCAGCACCAUCGGCACAUUCAUCGUGGGACGCACCGGUGCCCCAGUUGUGGCAAGGCCUUUAGUCGCCGUUGGGACAUGGAGCGCCAUCUCAACAAGAGCAAAUACGGGUGCCCUGCCAACCGGUUCAGUGCCGGUGGCAACACCACUCCCACCAACACUGGUUCCUCUCAAGCCAUAGUGACCUUAGCCACCAGUACCCCAAUGCCCUCCAUUGGGUCCACCCACUCCCCGCAGACGGGCGGAGUCCGUCAUCCUGAAAUGAUGUCGGUGACGGCCGCCAGUGCUCACAAUACCACGGCCUAAUUAUCGUGGCAGUCGCUGCUCAGCCGUCAUCAGCCGUCAUCAGCCGUCAUCAGCCGCCGACACGGACGCAACACCGGGGGUUGGAUAAUCCAAAAAAUAACAUAAAAAUAAUGAUAGUACAAAAUCAGAUGAUGGAAUGUUGUUUAGUGUGUGUGAGUGGUGGUUAACAAGUGCUAUGCAUACAUAAACCGUGUUCCCUA